GACCGCUUAACUCCAAAUAUGUGUUUGAAAGUUGCGCGCGCGCGGUUUAAAUGUCUGCACAGGAAAUAGGGGAAUUAAACAAUAAUAAUAAUGAAAACACUUCCGGUUAAAUGUAACGUGUAUUUAACAUUUCGUAGUGAAAUAUGUGUUUAUUAGUUUGACAAAAGUCAAACAGACAGCGAGGAUAAAGUUGUGUCUUCGGUUGUAAGCGCCCAGGUAACCACAGCACACUCCGAGCUAACCGUUAGCUAACACGGCUAACGCACAGCUAACGGCUCUGCUAGCUAGCCACUGCUCGCUACUUUCAUUUAAAUCACGGUUAAAUUAACAUUAUAACGAUGCUGAGCUUGAGUUAAUGUAUUAAUAUUUGUUUAAUACAGUUUAAAUAUUCUGUAAACCAUUGGUUUGUUUACAGCGCGGUUGAUUAACUUCGUUUUUUGUACAACGAUAUUAGCAUAGCUAGCUAGUUAUAUUUUAUGUAAUAACUUUUAGUCACUUUUUUACUCCUUCACUACGUCCUAAACUUGUAAAAAAAAAUGGCAUAACUAGUUUAGCCAAACAUAUUUGGUUUAAUAUAGUAAAGACGUACGUUUUGUGACGUCAUUUCCGCUUUGUGCUAAUAAUAAUAAUAACAGCAAAGAAGGUAAUUCUCUAAAGAAUCCAUUAAAUGGAGAGAGAUUUCCCUGUGAGCUCCUGACCAGGACUCCACACUGUGUCCAGUUUCCUCCUGGAGCGUCUCUGGAUUCUGAUUGGCCAGAAAGUUUAUGCUAAUAUUUAUCGUUUCCAUAGUAAUUGUUUAUUAUUCAUGUAAACUGCAUAUGAAGUAAUUUUUAAAAUGUAUUUCAGUAAACAUACAGCUGCAUACCAAAGCGUAAGAUGAGAACACCACAAACUGACGGUUUUACAAGCCAAAGAAGUUUCGUGGGUUUGCUAAAAAAAAAAAAAAUCGUUCAUUUGUAACUCGCGGCCAAAACAUAUCCUUGGGUUUCACGUGACGUCACAUCCGCCUCAUUAGUUAUUCAGAACUUUAGCUGGUGGUCUACCAAAGCUCAGUUGACAAAGCGUUUGUACGGAGAAGGUUCAUCGCUCGCAUGAAAAAUGCCUUACGCUUGCGUUGUUUUAGGUUGUUCGAAUCGAUCAAACCGUGAAACUGAUAAAAGUUUCUUCAGGGUUCCACGUGAACUAAUAAAAAAGGGUGAACGAACACAGGAUUUCACAAAAAGACGUCGAGAAAGGUGGCUUUUGAACCUCUCGCUGAAAUCGAAGGGAGCCGAGUCGAAGCACGCUCGAGUUUGCAGUGAUCACUUCGUGAAAGGGUGUCCUAGCGGUCUUUUCAACGACGACGACGUAGACUGGGCUCCAACACUGAAAUUAGGUCAUGAUAAAGUCAAACAGCAAUCACAGGAAGAUAAAGAGUGCGAAAUGGAGGAAUCCAGGGCUGUUAAACCGACAGGAGAAACCGUGGAGGAAGAGCAGAGGCUGGGCGAAAAGACCAAAUCCAAAUGGAGGCCUGAAGAAGAUAAAAUGAUUAUGACCCUGGUUGAGAAAAUCGGCACGAACUGGAACACUAUUGCGACUCUGUUACCUGGCCGGACCGAACAGGAGUGCAGGUACCGUUACACCUGUGUGUUGGACCCAAACUUGAUCAAGGGCGCCUGGACUAAAGAGGAGGAUGAGCGGCUCAUAGAAUUAGUGACAGCUUUGGGAACACACCAGUGGGCCAAGAUCUCCAAGCUCCUAACGGGCCGCAGGGGGAAGCAGUGCCGAGAACGCUGGUACAAUCAUCUGGACCCGUCGGUGAAUAAACAGUCCUGGACUGCCAAAGAAGACCUCCUCAUCUGCAAAGCCCAUAGCAUUCUGGGAACUCGCUGGGCCAAAAUCGCCAAACUGCUUCCUGGGAGGACUGAUAACGCCAUCAAAAACCACUGGUACUCGACUCUGAAGCGUCAAGUGGCAACCGGUGCUCUGGUGAUCGACGCUGCUCCACCUCAAGAAGAAAUACUUACAAACACAGAACAGGAGGAAGAAGUUGCUCGUCACGCUGAAGAGGAAAUUAAAAUGGAUGUCCCCUGCGCUGUCGGUCCAGAAUCAGAAUCUGUGACAGCUGGACCUGAUCAGCAAAUGAAAGCAAUGGACUCCAGCAUUCCCAAAAGAAAACAGAAGCUCAAAAAACCCCAGAGGUAUUUAAAGUGGAAAGGAGCCUCCGAGGCUGAAAAAGACCUCAGCAGAGUGAGUUCCAGCCCCAGCAGCAGGUUGCAGUCUCGACACAAAACCAUCAUCGAUGCAGCGCUGCAAAUGAUCUCUGAAGACAUGCUGCCUUUCAGCAUCUUGGAAGGAUCCGGGUUCCGAAGCUUCAUGUCUGCGAUCGGGCCGCAGUACCCGAGACUUUCUCAGCAUAGCGUAGGGUUGAGGCUCUAUGCUGAAGUGGAGAGGAUGGUGAAACCACGCCUGAUUAAGCAGCUGAGGGACUGUCUCGCUGUGACUGGAGGAAACGCCAACAUCCACGUUACUGCGGACGUCUGGGCCAGCGAGGAUGCCGACCCGAUCCUCGCCGUUCAGCUGCACUUCCUCGACAGCGACUGGAACGUGUUUCGGCCGAUAGUGGCGUUUCGGCAUUUAAGCGACAAAGACUUGAGCAGCGUUGUUAGGCGGGAGCUGGAAGCUGUGCUCCUGAGCUACGGGCUGUUUCAUCAGAACAUCGGCUACCUUAUCAUUCACGAAGCCAAGAACACAAUUGCCACACAUGACCUUUUCUGUGACUACAAGGUCAUGCAUAGCGUCCAGAAGAACGACCUGGACGAAGACGAACUAGUCGACUUCCUUGACGAUCAGGUGUCUGCCGUCGAUUUCUCAGAAGUCCAGUUGGGCACCAGUGUGGACUGCUAUAGCAGCCUGUUGCACUUUGUGAUCAAGGAGGCUCUAAAGCUCUCGAAUUCUGCAGGCUAUGUCCUCUCUCAGGUCCGCGAUAUUGUGGCCUUUUUCCGCCGCAGUGUCUACUGGAAUAACGUCCUCAUGCAGGACUGUAAGCUCUCUCUCGCAAAUCCUCAGAGCUACAGCAGCUAUCGCUGGAACUCCACUUUUGUUGCUUUUCGUAAGCUGCUUCCCCAGGUCACUUGGGACACUGUGAUAAGCCUGAUAGCCCAAGCACAGAAAGAAGACAACGACUCGACAGUUUCUCCUCCAGUAAUCCAUGUCCGUUGGGAACAAGUUGUAGACCUCGUUGGCUUGUUAGAGCCCUUCGAAGAGGUGAUCCAAGUGCUUCAGUCAGACGGCGUUACGUUCUCCCUCGUCAUUCCGUCCAUCAUCGGACUCGAUAAAACCCUUGAGCUGAAAACGACAAUGUAUCCCCAGUUCUGCAAAGCUCUCCGCUCCAGACUGCACAACUACUUCCAACCUGUGAUCAUGCAACAAGAUUUGAUUCUCGCUACAGUCCUGGAUCCUCGCAUUAAACUGCAACCUUUCGAAGACGAAGAAGAGUCCAGUGACGGCACACUCGCGCCCCCGACGAAAUUCUGGGCUUGUUCUGUAUUGGAAUCUGCGAUGAGCCAAUCCGAUGCCUGGAUUCCUGUUGAGGAGGGCAGUGCCAAACUAGACCACGAUGACCAGCUUGCUGUGGAAGCUGCGAGUUUGGGCAACAUCAAGAGCAAGAAGAUCUUCAGCUUCAUGCAGCCUUCCACAAUGACGACAACGCAAGUCUCCGAGCUCGAUCUUUAUAUCUCUGAACCUUUACUGGAUGGAGAUGCUUCCAUUGAGGACUUCUGGAGAGAAGCCCUGCGCUUCCCAUACCUACGGAGUAUCUGCCACAGGCUUCUGGCUGUCCCGGCGUCUUCUGGAGGCUUUGAACGUCUCUUUCCCAUGGCUGCUUGUAUCGUUCGUGCCAGAAGAAAUCGACUUCCUCAGCACACUACAGAGCGACUCUUACUUUACAGAGAGAGACGGAAGUUCAGACACGGAGGAACCGGCACUGGAUCGUCAGCGGCCUUAUGAAUCACUGGAGGUUAAUAUUUGUGACCUUUAUGCAUUAUUAAUUGGUGUACAUGUACAAUUAUAAAAUAAAACAAUUUAUUUGAUGUUCAUGUAUAUACUGAGUGCUGAGCUACAGUACGCCAUGUACAUAAAACUCUUCUGAAGAAGAUUGUGGGGGGUUUUGUUUGGGGUUUGUUUUCAUGCACCUCCCAUUUCUUUCUUUCUCUUUCUUUCUUUUAAAUUUCUGACUAAUCUUCUGUAGUAUGUGCCAGGAUUUGUCUCUGUGCAUUUUUCCUUGCCAUGCAAUUAUUGUUGGAGAACAGACUGGAUGUUUCAGAGGAAAUAAACUUCACUGUGUAAUUCGUGA